GAGUGCAUCCUUUGCAAAGAAGCUUUUUGUUCGGACCAUGCGGGGCCCUUCGACUUCCCAGACGGCACCCUGCCGGACCACAGCCGCACCACCGUGUGCGCGGCGUGCCUGCCGCAAGCGGAGCACAUUGCGCAAGACCAUCAGGACCGGCAGUUGGCAGAGAGAGAGGGGAC